AUGCUGGUGGUGUCAACUCUUCAGCGUGUUAAUAAUAGCUUGAAGAUCAUACUUCAUGAGAUACGUAACGAAGUAUCAAUUUCAAAUUUGGAAUCAAGAUCAGAGCCAGUAUCUUCGCUCGUAAGAGAUGGAUGGACAGACAACGAUAAUCAAAUGGACAUAGUUAAUACAAUACCUCGUUAUGUAACUUGUGUCCUAGAUUUAGUGCCAACAAUAGGGAGUGGAGAUACAAGUGGAUCUGAAAUACCUAUUACCAAAUGUGUAUUAAGUUUCGUGUUUUGUUUGUUCUCCGUUAUGGUUCUUGCGACCGUAGUUGAGCCCUGCCAUCGAACACGUGAACAGCUCUUGGUCACCAGGAAUCUAGUUGAUAACUUGCUGCGCUACACUGGACCAGAAGCUGCGGCUGUCAGAUAUGAACUGAAACUGUUCAAACUGCAUAUCUUGCUAAAUCCCGUCAGUUUUAGUCCGUGUCAGUUAUUGACGUUUAACAGGACUACUUUAGUGGCGGCCGUGUCUACUGUCAUUAGAAAUAUUACUGUUAUGAUGUACUUGUAA